UUGACUUUCACUCCAGGAAAAAGAUAUCCAGAUGGAUUAUUGGAGAUGCACUUUUACUACAGAGAGUCCAAUAGGGGGCCCUGUGGCUCUCAUCUUAACUGGGUCUGUGAGAGUGGAGGCUGUGGCUACCUCCCAUACACAUCACUGAUCACAGAUGAGGUGACAGAUCAGGACCAAGAUCAAAACAUGUGGUGCCAGUCGGAGGGCCACAUGACCACCAACGUCACCAGCAAUGGCCCCUUCAUUCUGGGUGACUCUGGUUGUUGCUGGGAAAAUAAUGUUCAUGCUGUUGGUGGAUGGACGUUUCGCACUCCUGUUGACACAGGACAACAUUCGGACACUCAGUCUCCAAACAGAUCUCCUGUUUCAGCAGCAGUAUCAACUAUAAGGAUUCCUCAGAACUGUUUCCAGAGCUUUCCUCUGAUGGCCCAUGACCCAGAUGGAGAUGUUGUGAGAUGCAAGUUUAGUGAGGCCAACUGCUCAUCGUGUCAUCAACACCAAAGCAUACAUCUUGAUGAGUUCUUCCUCCAGUUCAGGGUUGUGUUCCAGGUGUGAACAAGCCAAGUUUCUUGACACCAACUCCCUUACACGGAGAGGAACAUCACGCCGCUGUGGGACAUGCUCAUGAGAUCACCCUUCGAGCCCAAAGCUCAGACAACAGCAUCUUUGACUUCCAAGUCAGUGGCCCCUCUAAUAUGUCUAAAACCCUGAGAAAUGAGGAUCAUGGGGUUACCGUGGCAACACUGACCUGGACGCCACAGGAAACGGAUCUGUAUCGUCACGUACCUGUGUGUUUCACAGCAGAGACCCUUCACAGCCAAUCAGAGAUGAGAUGCAUUGUUGUGGUUGUGGCAAAAUCGAAGGUUCUAUCAGGUGAAGCAGUGGUAUCCUGUGGGGAUAACCGCAUCAGCAUUGUAGUAAGUAAAGCAUCCAUGGAAGGCAUUAACCAGAACUGGCUCCAACUGAGAGAUCACACCUGCUCUUACCUCAAAUGAAACCCACAUCCUGGGCACGAUGUCUCUCAACACCUGUGGCACUACAGUGGAGGACUUUGGAGAUUUCAUGGUCUUCAAAAAUGAGAUCAACUCCUUUGAGAACACGAAUGCUGUCAUCACCAGACGUAAUCAAGUAAAGUUUGGCUUCUCCUGCCAGUAUCCCAAAGUAGCCAGCGUCUCCAGCCACUACGUCAACCACAAGUCUGACUACAUCUUCACUGAAUCCAGCUUUGGCACUUUUGGUUACUCAUUUGAAGUUUUCACAGACAACAACUUCAAUAGUCAGGUAGAUCCCAACGUGUAUCCAGUGGAGGUGAAGCUCAUGGAGAUGCUCUACAUGGGCAUUGAAGCCCAUUCCGCUCUCCCAGAGGUCAAACUCUUUGUCGAGUCCUGCAGGGCCACUCCAGAAGACAACCCAUAUAGUGCCCUCUAUUACGACAUCAUCAAAGACGGGUGCAUUUUGGAUGAUACAGUCAAGGUUUAUUCAAACGAUUCCAUGAAGUACGACUUUGAGAUCCAAGCUUUCAAGUUCACAGGUGGCUUCGAUGAGGUGUACAUAAGCUGCUCUGUGAUUCUGUGUGUGGAAGGAAGCCCAAACUCCAGAUGUGCCCAAGGCUGUCUUCGGCAAACCUCACACAAACACAGACGAGAUUUGAACCAAGAAACAGCCAGGCACUACAUCACACAGGGUCCCUUGCGUGUGCUUAGACAAACGCACAAUUCUGCAGCAGCCUCAGAAAAAGGAGGAUCAGUACAUGUCAGUACAAGCACCGGUGUCUUUGCAGGUCUCUUCAUUGUCUGCAUUGUGGUACUAGUGGGGCUGUUGGCAUAUAAUGCCAAAAAAUCAAGAGCACUUGACCGCAUGCAUCUAUUGCCUACUUUCUGAGAUCAUUUAAUGCGCACAAACAACACCAAGGUUAAAGAAAAAGACUUUCAAGUCUUUCCAGUUACAGUAAAUUGAAUAGUACAACAAUAGCUUUGGAGUGGUUUGUAUUGUCCUACUGCUUUCAGUAUUUUUCUAUUAUUAUUUUCCACUACUGUACUUUCUUCUUUUCUUUUUGGGGCAGUGACAAGCAAUAUAAACUAUAAACUUUAUGUAAAACUACAUAUAACAUUUCUGUAUUCUUGAAAUAAAACUCAAAAACAUUUAUUAUGCUGGCUGUGCUUUUAUGGUAAAUUUCUUUGCUUUCUUCAAAGAGCAAAAAUACCCUAUUUUGUUUAAAGUAUUUUAGUCAUGUAUGGAUAAACUGAAUCAGUUGUAUUCACAAUGCAAAAUGCUGAACUCAAGGGCAUAGCCAGGAAAUUACUUUUGGGUGGGCCUCAACAAAAAUUGAUGGGCCCAGUUUCCACCCAAAUAUAUAUAUAUACAUGACUGGACAACCAAUGGCCAAAUGGUCCUGCGGUAUGAAGAUAUACAGUCAGUGGCAUAGCAAAGGGUGGGCCUGUGUCCACCCAAAUUAGACCCAGGCCCACCCAGUAUAUUAGAGAUUAUUCUUUGACUUCAAUUAUAUAUUUAUAAAUAGUUUAAAAGUGCAUAAAUUCUGAUUUCUGAAAGUGUGAAAGAACUGUCUGAAUGUGCUGCUUCUCUGUUGUUAAGGAAAAUUUGGUAAAAAAAAUAUAUAUAUAUAUAUAUUUGGGCGAAUACUUGGCCCAUCCAUUUUUAUUGAGGCCCACCCAACAGUAAUUUCCUGACUAUGCCCUUGUAUACAGUAUAUGAAAAUAUAAGCCAAAUGGCACUUAUUUUGGGUCCGUGUACCUUCGGAUAAUUUGUUUUCUCAUUUUUGUCUUCAAAACCAACAAACUGACUGUUUACUUGUUUUUUUAUCUAAAAAGAAAUUAGCAAAAUUAAGAAAACACUUUAUUUUCUUUUUUUUUUUUUUUCAUUUCAUAUAAGAAAUGUAAAACAGGAAUUCAGGAAUUUUUUAUGCAAGCGCUUAAAAUAAGUGUACAAUCUUAUUAUUUGUUUUUUAUUUGAUUUGUACAAGUGGAUGGUCGUGACACGCCCAUUUCUAAUGGAGUGGUGGUGGCGUAGUGGGCUAAAGCACAUAACUGGUAAUCAGUAACUGUUAAACUGGUUCGAUCCCCACAGCAACCUCCAUUGUGUCCUUGAGCAAGGCACUUAACUCCAAGUUGCUCCAGGGGGAUUGUCCCUGUAAUAAGGGCACUGUAAGUCGCUUUGUAUAAAAGCGUCUGCCAAAUGCAUAAAUGUAAAUGUACUGAUUGGUUAUAACUGCAAUGUCUGUCCUUCCUCAUUCUGUCUACUUUUCUUCAGAAUAAAAGCGCUUUCACACGGGACAUGGGGAGCGCAAAAUCACAGCAAGUUUAUCACGUAGCCUACAUUGAGGACAGCCUUUUUCGCAGCUUGCGUUGCAGUUUUAAGUGCGCAGGUUGCCAUGGCUGCUGUCAGAAAGGACUUUAUUUUGCCCGACAUGUCUAUCUGUAUACCUUUUUUAAAGUGAAAUAUCAGCAGGGGAGUAAAUUUGUGUACAUAUACAGUAGGGAACAGAACAGAAUGAACCUUACAUUUUAAUGGCUACAAAUAGUUUUCAUUUUAUUUUUAGGAUACAACA